AAGGAUAUAAGACUCUCCAAUAAUCCAAUUGCUGAUCCGGCGAAAGGUGGCAUGCCAAGAUUUGUUUUAAUUGCUCGUUUAGCAAAAGUUGAAAUUUUGAAUGGGAGUGAGGUGACUGCUCGAGAGCGGAAGGAGUCCGAGAUUCGGUAUGUUUUUCCUUUCUUGCAAUUGUAAAAUUGCAAGAACUUGCCCUAAAUUUCAGAUGAAGGCCAUGCUUGACACAGGCAGUUCUUCUUAUAUUUGGGAGAGUGUCUAGGCAUUCAUGUUUGUUUUAGUAGUUUUCUAUAUCAUGUACUUUUUGAUUUACUCUUGAUGCUUCUUUUUCUGUCAAUAAUUUCCCACCAAUUAACUCAUGCAGUCUUCACAUUUUUUGUAUUUAUUGGCUCUUUUAAAGGCCAUUUUUAUUGUCUUGAACUCUAGUUUAACCUCAGAUGGUUACAUCAUGUUUACAGUCUUCAACUUUGCCUUGCAAUCACAUGGUUGCAAUAUCUAAAAUCUACUGUAAACUGAAAAUAGGCCAUGAUACAUUUCUGAAGGAUUUUCACCAGAUCAUGAUGGAAUAGCGCUUGGCAACUACAAAGUUUUACGAUAUAAUGAAGAUUCCAACCUUCAUAUGGUCUGGUUAUCAUCUACGUAACCACAAACUUUGUUAUUCAAGGAGAGAGAGGUGAAGUCUCUCAUUGAAAAGAGGGAUGAGACAGUAAGCAUUUUCCACUGGGCAGGCUUUCCAGUCUAGGUCCCUAUAAUUGCACAAGAUAAGGAAAAGAAGAGAUUUGGAAAGCAGUGAUGGUGAAGGAAAAUGGGCAGUCAUAGCAGGAAGCAUAGGAGGCAGCUACAAGAGCAAGAGCAUAUGACGAAGCAGUAUAAUAAAUUGUACAAAAAACUUUCCUGUACUUUGCGUCAGUUUCACAUCACUCUCAAUUUUCUUUUCUGAUACUAAGCCCCCUGUUCAAGAGCCCAACAGUCCUUAAUAUAGUGCUAGUCCCACAAAUAUGUUAAAUAAACAAGUUCGAGCGAGCCUAUCCUUAAAACCAAGCUCAAGCGGUUCAACAACAGCUCAUAUCAUUUGUUCAGGCUUAAUAUAUGUCAUCUCCAACAGGUAGCAUAUGUCGGAAAGCAUGUUCUCAUAUACCUACCACCGAUAAUGGAGCUCCUUGGGCAAUAUGUGGGUUUUCAGGAGCAAGACAUUACUUUAGGUUACUAGUGACUGGAUUUACAGCACUUUUGACUCUUUCAAAUUUAACUCUGAUUUCCUGUUCUUUUCUUCCCCCUUUGUAUGCGUACGUGCUUUUUUUUUUUUUGGAGAGGGGGGGUGAUAGAUCUGUUAAGUGAUCUAUUAAUUUGGUAUAGUAUAUGAUAUCUUGAUUGGACCUGAUAUAUUACAGGUGAUGUAUUGAUUUGUUUGGUGGUGUUUGAGUUAGAAUGUUUCUUCCAGGUAUGUUCGCUUAGUUAUGUCUAAGUUGCAUGAGUUCCCUGAAGAAGUGAAGAAGCUCCACCCCAGGUUUGCUGAGCUUAAAGAAUUUCAUGGAAUUGAGGAUGGAAGGCCAUUAAUUGGAGUAGCAGGUCCUCAGAAAAUGGCUUCAGGGCUAAUUUCAAUCACUUUGCAGUGUGUUGGAGCAUCAAUUGUUGAGAAGCCUCCGUUGACAAAAAAAUUGCCAGCAACCACCACGGUUGGCAAGUUAAAGAAUCUUUGCAGGACGUUCUUCAAGUUAAAGUCCAUUAAGCCAAUAUUAUUCCUUCAGGAAGAGGGUUCACCAUUACCUACACUGCUUGCUGAUGAUAUGGCAUCCUUCAUUGACCUUGGAGUGGGCAAUGAAUCAACUAUUCUGGUAGAUGAAGAGAGUUGAUGUUGCUGGUCUAAGUAGUUUACAGAAUAUGGAAGGCAUGCAGUUCAGGAUUGCUAUUGUGGGAUUGGCGGCAUAAAGGUUUUACCUUUGGCAUAAUUACAGCACGUAAGAAGAUAAGAGUUUUGGUUUAUUUUUCACUUUUCUCACCAUGGUCCUUUUUUCUUGCGUUUUUUUUUUUAUUGUGGUGUAUUGAACUUGAGAUUUUUAAGUUCCACAUGGGAUUUAUAUAUAACAGCUUCAGUUUGAUUGCAUCGUUGGGAUAGAUUUGGAGGGAUUCUGUGAAUGUACAUGUCACUCAAGUUGGCCAUGAAGGAUGCCGAUGUUAUGUGUUAUACAUGUGUACAUGUUGAUCAUGAUGAUUGAUUGUCAAUUACCAAAAACGCAUAGCCAAGAAUUGUGGGG